AUGAGCAGGUCUGCAUCUCCCAGACACUUCGUCCUGGACGAGGAAACACACUCUUCGUCGUCCGAUACAGCCUCGCUCAUCGACCGCAGAGGUGCAGGACACGAUGCUGGCGAAGACGAGCCAAUCCGCUACCCGCCCGGUGUCCUCAGUGAGGAGGAGAAGGCUCUCCCUCGCCGCCGAGACCGCCUCGCUGUCCGCAUACCAACUCGCCAGGAGGUGCUAGACGCGAGAACGAGGCCGAAGCAACGCCCUCGACGGCUGAGGAUAGUCAUACCCGGCCUGCUCGCCCUUCUCGGCUUUGCUUUCCUCUCGACAUGGGUUCUCUCCCUCGGUACUCAGUUUGGCGACCAGCACAGGAUCCAGGUGAUCCUAAUGAUCUCUGACGGCAUGGGACCCGCUUCGGAAACGAUGGCUCGCUCGUUCGCACAGUACCUGGCGUCGACAAACUCGUCCUCCUCCGACUUUACCCGCUCGCUGCUGAAUGAGUCGUCAUGGACCGGCCUCGAGGACGGCUAUCGAGGGAGAGGGUCGAUGCGUGGAGUGUUGCCUCUGGACGAGAUACUCGUCGGGUCUUCCAGAACCCGCUCUUCGAAUUCGCUCGUCACCGACUCGGCCGCUGGCGCUACCGCCUUCUCCUGCGGCGUCAAGACCUACAACGGCGCUAUCGGCGUCACCCCCUCUCUCCAACCCUGCGGCACCAUCCUCGAAGCCGCCAAACGACAGGGCUAUAUGACCGGCCUCGUCGCGACAUCCCGCAUCACGCACGCCACUCCCGCCUCCUUCUACGCACACGUACCCGACCGAGACCUCGAGUCUGAGAUCGCCGAGUUCCUUGUUGGAGAAGAUGGGUCGGCUUCGAAGGGUUUGAGGGUGGAUUUUGCGUUCGGCGGUGGAAAGUGCUUCUUUUUGCCGAACGGGACGGAUGGGAGCUGUCGAACGGAUGGAAAGGAUAUGCUUGGAGCGGCGAAGGCGAAGGGCGUGAGGGUGAUUGACGGGAUGGCGGCAUUGCGGGCGUACAAGGACGAGGACAGUGUGGACGAGCCGGUGCUCGGGCUCUUCGCGAGCGAUCACAUGGAGUACGAGGUCGACCGGCAGCGGAUCACAGCACUUGCCGACGAGCAGCCGAGCCUGAAGGAAAUGGCUACUCACGCCCUUCGCUACCUCUCGCGCAAGGCAGCCGAUAAGAAGGGCUUCUUCCUGAUGAUCGAAGGAAGCCGGAUAGACAUGGCUGCCCACAACAACGACCCAGUCGCCCACCUCUCCGACAUGCUCGCCUACCAGCAGACGGUGCAGUACAUCAAGGACUGGGUGGACGCGCAGAUUGAGCAGGGCACGCCGACGAUGCUCAUUUCGGUCAGCGACCACGAGACGGGCGGCUUGGCAUUGGGUAGACAGCUGGGAGAAGCUUAUCCCGAGUAUCUAUGGUACCCCGACGCCCUCGUCAACGCGACCCACUCCUCCGCCUACCUCGGCUCGCUCUUCGCCUCUCGCUACCCCGCGGCAACCCGCGACUGGGUCAUCAGCGAGCUCUUCGAGAAGGGGUUGGGGAUCGUCGACGCGGCGGAGUGGGAGGUCGAUGCCGUGUGGAAGAUGAGGCAGGAUGCGUACGGAGCGAAUCGGGCAUUAGCGGAUGCGAUAUCGCGUCGAGCUCAGCUGGGCUGGUCGACGGCAGGGCAUUCGGGCGUAGACGUGAAUCUUUAUGCGUACGGCUACAACUCGACUGGGCUGACGGGAAACGUCGAGAAUAUUGAUAUUGGCUUGCACGUUGCGGAGAACAUGCGGUUGAACCUCGACGUCGUAACCAUCGAGCUCGGGAAAGGGCAGUCGAGCUGGUUCGACGCCAAGGCGGGCAACGAGACGACUCGAACUCGUGCGACGGGGCUCGGGCACUACCACGGGGACUUCUAG